GUAUUAUAGUGAAAAAUGCGCUUUGAUAUUUGAAAGAAACGUAAAGUUUGGAAAAAAAAAUUGAUAAAUAAAUUCCCGCUUACUAAAGUGAUCUUUGAGGAUAAAUCAUAAAAAAUAAAAAGCGAGCUUAAAAAGUGUUUACAAAAAAUGUAAAUCAUUAUUUGUCGCAAACUCUUAAUAAAAUUGGAAAACAACUUUAAGAAAACUUUUUCCACGGCCACAUAAGCACAAAAGUUUCUAGGGAGUGUUUGAGAAUUUAUUGUCAUUCUGGAAUUCUGGAUUUUACGUGUUAGCCACAAAACUGGAUUACAAUGUGGCUGCUGGUUAAAAACCACACCUUUGCCAAAUCGGAUAUAUUUUGGAUAAAAUAUCUGAUUUAUUUUAUCAUUAUAUUUGGAUUAUUUAAUAUUAUAAAUGCGGCGGGUAAAUCAUGUCUAACGAAGACCUGUGAACACGGUGGAACGUGUAUAACGCAAGCAAAUGGUGUUUCAUAUUGCAACUGCAGUUCCAAGUACGUGGGCGAUUAUUGUGAAUAUCCAAAUCCAUGUUUAACCGGAUUAGGUCGCUGUCAGAAUGGUGGCACAUGCCAAGGUUCCUAUCGUAACGAUCGCCUAAGUAUUUCUUGCAUUUGCCCCAUCGGUUUCUCCGAAUCGCUUUGCGAAAUUCCUGUGAAAAAUGCUUGCGAUUCGUCGCCCUGCAAAAAUGGUGGCACUUGUAAUUUAAAGACGCUGGAGGAAUACACUUGUGCUUGUGUUAACGGUUAUACUGGUGAACACUGUGAAACGCAAAAUAUUUGCGCUACGUCUCCCUGUCAUAAUGGCGGCACUUGUACAUCGAUAGCUGGUGGUACCAGUUACAAAUGCAUUUGCCCUAAAGGCUUUAAAGGUCAUAAAUGUAUGGACGAUGUUGAGGAAUGUAAACAAAACCCCUGUAAACAUGGUGGAACUUGUUUAAAUACUCACGGAUCGUAUCAGUGUAUGUGCCCGGGCGGUUAUACUGGUAAAAACUGUGAAUCCAAAUAUGUACCAUGCUCGCCAUCACCUUGUCAAAAUGGUGGCACAUGUCGGCCAUCGACUGGUUUAACGUACGAGUGCAAGUGUCGGGAAGGUUUCCAAGGUAAACACUGUGAACACAAUAUUGAUGACUGUCCCGGAAAUCAAUGUCAAAAUGGUGGCACUUGCAUUGAUGGUAUUACUUCAUAUAGCUGCAGUUGUCCACCUAACUACACCGGAGAAUAUUGUCAAACUGAUGUCGAUGAAUGUGCCAUAAUGUCGUCCGUGUGCAAGAAUGGUGCGACAUGCACUAACUCGCCGGGCUCCUACUCAUGUAUUUGUGUGAAUGGUUGGAACGGUACAGAUUGUAGUGAAAAUAUUGAUGAUUGUGCUACUGCUUCCUGUUUAAAUGGUGCUACUUGUGUUGACGGAGUAGGUUCAUUCUAUUGUCGCUGUGCUCCUGGCAAAACUGGCCUGCUAUGUCAUUUGGAUGAUGCUUGUACGUCAAAUCCUUGCCAUGCCGAUGCCAUAUGUGAUACCAGUCCGAUAAAUGGUUCUUACACUUGUUCCUGUGCUGCGGGCUAUAAAGGUGUUGACUGUUCAGAGGACAUUGACGAGUGUGAUCAGGGUUCGCCUUGUGAGCACAAUGGAAUUUGUGUGAAUACACCCGGUUCUUUUAUGUGUAACUGUUCACAAGGUUUUACGGGACCGCGUUGUGAAACGAACAUCAAUGAAUGUGAAUCUCAUCCUUGUCAGAAUGAGGGUAGCUGCUUGGAUGAUCCCGGCACAUUCCGUUGCGUUUGUAUGCCUGGCUUCACUGGUACACAGUGCGAAAUAGAUAUUGAUGAAUGUCAAUCUAAUCCUUGUUUAAAUGAUGGCAUCUGUCGUGACAUGAUAAGCGGUUUUAAGUGCUCUUGUGCUUUUGGCUUUACGGGUUCGCGUUGUCAGAUAAAUAUUGAUGAUUGCCAUUCGCAGCCAUGUCGUAACAAUGGCAUAUGUCAUGAUUCUAUUGGUGGUUAUACGUGCGAAUGUCCGCCAGGUUAUACGGGUCUGUCUUGUGAAAUCAAUAUUAACGAUUGCGAUUCGAAUCCUUGCCAUCGCGGCAAAUGCAUUGACGGAGAUAACUCUUUCAAGUGUGUUUGUGAUCCCGGUUUUACUGGUUACUUGUGUCAAACACAAAUCAAUGAAUGUGAGUCUAACCCGUGUCAAUACGGUGGUCAUUGUGUCGAUCGUGUCGGUUCGUAUAUAUGUCAUUGCCUGCCUGGAACCUCGGGAAAAGAUUGUGAAAUCAAUGUCAAUGAAUGUCAUAGUAAUCCUUGUAACAAUGGAGCUACUUGCAUUGAUGGUAUCAAUAAAUACACUUGCAAUUGUGUUCCUGGUUUUACAGGAGUCCAUUGUGAAAUCAAUAUCAAUGAAUGUGCUUCGAAUCCUUGUGCUAAUAAUGGAGUCUGCAUGGAUUUAGUUAACGGUUACAAGUGCGAAUGUCCUAGAGGUUUUUAUGAUCCUCGUUGCUUAAGUGAUGUUGACGAAUGCGCUUCUAAUCCAUGUAUUAAUGGCGGCCGUUGCGAAGAUGGCGUCAAUGAAUUUAUUUGCCAUUGUUUACCAGGUUAUGGCGGCAAGCGUUGUGAGAUUGACAUUGAUGAAUGUAGUUCGAAUCCGUGCCAACAUGGCGGCAUUUGCGUAGAUGAGUUGAAUGCUUUCAAAUGUCAGUGUAUGCCUGGUUAUACGGGAUAUAAAUGUGAAAUUAAUAUUGAUGACUGCGUCAAUAAUCCAUGCGCUAAUGGAGGCACAUGCAUUGACAAAGUAAAUGGUUACAAAUGCGUUUGUAAGGUUCCGUAUACGGGAGUUGAUUGUGAAUCGAAAUUGGAUCCUUGUGCCACCAAUAGAUGCCGCAAUGACGCUAUGUGCACACCAUCCCCAAAUUUUUUAGAUUUCUCAUGUACCUGCAAGCUUGGCUACACAGGACGUUAUUGUGAUGAAGACAUAGAUGAAUGUAGUCUCUCCACGCCAUGCCGAAAUGGAGCAACUUGUCUCAAUCUUCCUGGAUCCUACAGGUGCAUAUGCGCUAAAGGUUAUGAAGGUCACGACUGCGCAAUAAACACCGAUGAUUGUGCUUCAUUUCCGUGUCAAAAUGGUGGCACUUGUUUAGAUGGUAUAGGCGAUUAUUAUUGUCUUUGUGUAGACGGAUUUGAUGGUAAACAUUGUGAAACGGAUAUCAAUGAAUGCUUAAGUAUGCCUUGUCAAAACGGUGCUACGUGCCGUCAGUAUGUGAAUUCCUAUACUUGUACCUGUCCGCUAGGUUUUUCCGGUAUUAACUGUCAAACAAACGACGAAGAUUGUACGGAAAGCUCUUGCAUGAACGGAGGCACUUGUAUAGACGGUAUUAACAGUUAUAAUUGCUCAUGUUUGCCUGGAUUUACGGGUUCGAAUUGUCAGUACAAGAUUAAUAAAUGCGAUUCUCAACCUUGUCAAAAUGGCGCCACCUGCCACGAAAAUAAUGACGAAUACACAUGUCACUGUUCGUAUGGUUACACGGGAAAGCAAUGUACGGACUAUGUAGAUUGGUGUACAAAAUCACCUUGUGAAAAUGGUGCAACUUGCACCCAAGUGAAAAACCAGUUUAGCUGCCGUUGUGCCCCCGGUUGGACUGGAAAGCUAUGUGAUGUAGAAAUGGUAUCGUGUAGAGAUGCUGCGCUACGUAAGGCAGUUCCCUUAGAUCAACUCUGCAAUAAUGGAACUUGUAAAGAGCAUGGCAAUAUUCAUCGCUGCUACUGCAAACAGGGUUACACGGGAAGCUACUGUCAACAGGAAAUCAAUGAAUGUGAGUCUCAGCCUUGUCUAAAUGGCGGUACUUGCCGAGAUUUGAUAGGAUCAUAUGCCUGCGUGUGUCGCAAAGGUUUUCAAGGACAGAAUUGCGAAUUAAAUAUCGACGACUGUUCUCCUAACCCCUGUCAAAAUGGAGGCACUUGUCAUGAUCUCGUAAGCAAUUUCACUUGCUCUUGUCCACCUGGUACAGCAGGUUUAAUUUGUGAAUUCAAUAACAACGAUUGCUCUCCGGGGGCAUGUCACAAUAACGGUACUUGCAUCGAUCGCGUUGGUGGGUUUGAAUGCGCUUGUCCUCCUGGUUUCGUCGGCUCGCGGUGUGAAGGUGAUAUUAAUGAGUGCCUAUCCAACCCUUGCUCUAAUGCUGGCACUUUAGAUUGUGUCCAGCUCGUAAAUAAUUAUCAUUGCAAUUGUAAACCUGGAUAUAUGGGUCGACACUGUGAAAAUAAGGUGGACUUUUGCGCUAAUUCGCCCUGCCAGAAUGGCGGCAAUUGCUCGCCUAAACAAGGAGGCCAUCAUUGCGUAUGUGCAGGCGGCUUUUAUGGGAAGAACUGUGAAUUUUCUGGACAUGAUUGUGAUUCGAAUCCAUGUCAAGCCGGCACAUGUGUGAUCGAUGACGGGGGAGGAUAUCGUUGCAGAUGUCCGCGCGGAACAGAAGGCCGCCAUUGCGAAAUAGAUACAAUGGAUGAGUGUUCGCCGAAUCCCUGCUUACAAGGAGCUGCUUGCGACAAUCUUCUAGGUGACUUUGUUUGCUUCUGCCCUUCAAAAUGGACUGGAAAACGUUGCGAGAUUCAUGAUCCCAAAUAUCCAGGUUGGGUAUCGGAUUCAAGUCGUGGAGCUUUAAAUAAAUACGCAAAGGACUUAGAAUAUCAACGAGAGGUGUGUGUAAAGAGAGGUUGCGAACAGAAGAAAGGCAAUCACAUAUGUGACCAAGAAUGCAAUACUUAUGCAUGUAAUUUUGAUGGAAAUGAUUGUUCAUUGGGUAUAAAUCCUUGGGUGAAUUGUACGGCUCCUAUCGAAUGUUGGCGCGUAUUCAUGGACGGGAUUUGUAAUGAAGAAUGUAAUGACGCCGCUUGUUUAUAUGACGGCCGCGACUGUGAAAAAAAGCUACAGCCAUGCAAUCCUGUUUACGAUGCCGUCUGCCAGAAGUACUAUGCUAACGGAGUCUGUGAUUACGUUUGUGACAACGCUGAGUGCAACUGGGAUGGUCUUGAUUGUGAAAAUGAGUCCGAGCAACCGAAUUUAGCUGAUGGUGCUAUUUCUGUCGUGAUGUUAAUGGACUUAAAGCAAUUUCGUGAGCAACAAGUAGUGUUUUUACGAGAAAUGGGUCAUUUACUGCGUACUACAGUGCGAAUCAAGAAAGACUCUAUGGGCAACGACAUGAUAUUUACUUGGAAAGGCUCAUCACAGCUAACUGACAUUCAAAACACCGACUUUGCACGCAGACAUAAAAUUUUAUUCACUGAACGUAAUGGACAGACCGGUAUACAAAUAUAUUUAGAAAUAGACAAUCGCAAAUGUACGGAAUGCUUUAAUCGGGCGGCCGAAGCUGCCGAAUUCUUGGGAGCAAUCGCAUCGAAGUACACACUGUCGUCCAAAUUUCCGAUAUAUAGCGUGCGCGGUGUACAAAAUCCCGGCGAAGAUGUUGAAGAGACGCCAACAAAUGUAAAAUAUGUUACUACAGGAGUUAUACUGGUUGUAUUGGCUUUUGCUCUAUCAGGUGUACUAGUCACCACACAACGUAAACGCGCUCACGGCAUAACUUGGUUUCCUGAAGGAUUUCGAACACCUGCUACUGCUAUAAAUCGACAAAGACGUCGACGUGAUCCUAGUGGUCAAGAAAUGCGUAAUUUGAACAAAAAUCCGUCAAUAGCUUGUAUGAGUAAUGACGUAAAUAUGAAUUCUGGACACAUGGGACAUGCUCCUCAAUGGUCGGAUGAUGAGUCAGAUAUGCCCCAACCAAAACGUUUGCGAAAUGACCAUGGCGAGUACGCAAGUGACCAUACUAUGGUCACUGAUUAUGAAGAGGCCGACCAGCGCGUGUGGUCACAAGCGCAUUUGGAUGUUGCUGGUGUUAGAUCUUCAAUUAUGACUCCUCCUGCUCAUCAGGAUGGAAAACAUGACGUAGAUGCAAGGGGUCCCUGCGGUAUGACUCCACUAAUGGUAGCUGCAGUUCGUGGAGGCGGUAUCGAUAGCGGAGAAGAUAUUGAAAACAGCGAUGAUAUUACAGGUCAGGUAAUAGCCGAGCUUAUAGCUCAAGGGGCUCAAUUGAAUGCAACUAUGGAUAAAAGUGGAGAAACUCCUUUGCAUUUAGCGGCACGAUAUGCUAGAGCAGAUGCUGCAAAGCGUUUGCUAGAUGCUGGAGCUGAUGCUAAUUGUCAAGAUAAUACUGGACGUACUCCACUUCAUGCCGCUGUAGGUGCCGAUGCCGUAGGCGUGUUCCAAAUACUAAUACGUAAUAGAGCCACAAAUUUGAAUGCUCGUAUGCACGAUGGUACCACACCAUUAAUUUUGGCUGUUAGACUUGCCAUUGAAGAUAUGGUAGAAAAACUAAUUACUGCCGAUGCUGAUAUCAACGCUGCCGACAAUACCGGGAGAACAGCUUUACAUUGGGCUGCUUCUGUAAACAACAUUGAAGCCCUGAAUAUACUUUUGAUGCACCAUGCGAACCGCGAUGCCCAAACCGAUAAAGACGAGACUCCAUUGUUUUUGGCGGCCAAAGAGGGAUCUUAUGGAUCAUGUAAGGCUUUGUUGGACAACUUCGCUAAUCGAGAAAUCACUGAUCAUAUGGAUCGGCUACCACGUGAUGUGGCCUUGGAACGUCUGCAUAACGAUAUUGUAAGACUUUUAGAUGAGCACGUGCCCCGUUCACCGCAAAUGAUAGCUAUGACACCACAAACAAUGAUUGCGUCUCCGCCACCCGGAAGUCAAGCACAAAUGAUCACACAACCCACCGUAAUUACUACGGGGAAGCAACCAUCGCAGGCAGCGAAAAACAAGGCUGCCAAGAAAGCAAAGCUUCUGGAAGGAAAUCCCGAAGGAUUAUUAGACAGUGGCGGCAGCUUACGUCGAAAACCGAGCUCAAAAAAGGGUUUAGGAGUGGGCGGGGCGGCAUCAAAAAAAGGAAAUGCGAACAACCUUACGGCGUCUCAACUGAUGAAUGGCUUGGCUGGUGGCCCAGCGGCACAGGAUCAGGUGUCGGCGGAGAACCAGCAGCAACAUUUGCUGGAAGCUGCCCUCAGCUCGGUGGACUCACCACCGCCAACUGCGCUGACAAGUCAGCCGAGCCCGUACGACACGUCGUCGAUGUACUCAAACGCUAUGACAGCGGUGACCAACCAUCACGGCGAUCUGCUGGGGACUGGAAACAGCAGCAACACCAAACAGCCUCCGAGCUAUGAGGAUUGUGUCAAAAACACGCAAUCCCUGCAAUCGCUCGUACCACAACAAAGUCACGACAUAAUUAAACUCGAAAAUUAUGGAUACUCAAUGGGUUCGCCAUUUCACCAGGAAUUAAUGAAUAAUGGACAAUCGGGUAAUAACAGCGCUCCAAAUGCUGGAAAUGUUAUUGGUGGGCAUGAACAAGGUUUGUCGCCACCUUACUCAAAUCAAUCACCGCAUUCAGUGCAAAGUAAUUUGGCUCUAUCGCCACAUGCCUAUUUAGGUUCACCAUCUCCUGCCAAGUCACGUCCCAGCCUACCAACAUCACCUACACAUAUGCAAGCCAUGCGACAUGCCACACAGCAGAAACAAUUUUGUGGUAGCAAUCUAAAUACUCUGCUUGGCGGAAGUAGUGCUUCCAAUGGUGUUAAUCAAAACUCACCAAAUAGCAUGAGCUUUCAAACGUCAAGUAGUCAAAGCUCGCCCGUUAACUUAGGUAUAAUUUCACCAACUGGUAGUGAUAUGGGAAUUAUGUUGACAACACAACAACAAAUACAACAGCAGCAACAACAACAACAGUUGCAACAGCAGCAGCAACAACAACACCAACAAAAUAACAAUAAAAGUAGUGCAAUAUUGCAAACAAUGCAACAGCAACAUCAUCACCAACAGCAGCAACAACAGCAGCAGCAGCAACAACAGUUAGGGGGAGGCAGUGCAGGGAGUAAUAUAGAAUUUAGUUCAGCGGGCUUGGACUUGAAUAGUUUUUGUGGAUCACCGGACUCAUUUCAUUCCGGGCAAAUGAAUCCGCCUUCAAUACAGAGUUCAAUGUCGGCUAGUUCACCAUCUGCAGCCAAUAUGUUGUCGCCGUCAUCUCAACAAAAUCAGGCCUUUUAUCAGUACCUGACCCCGCCCAGUCAACAUUCGGGCAGUCAUACACCGCAACAUAUGGUCCAAACACUAGAUAAUUUUCCCACACCAUCGCCCGAAUCGCCUGGUCAUUGGUCCAGCUCUUCACCUCGCUCCGAUUGGUCGGAGGGUGUACAGUCACCCGGCGCCAAUAAUUUAUACAUUUCAGGCGGUCAUCAGGCCAAUAAAGGCUCUGAGGCGAUUUACAUUUGACAAUGAAGGUAAAAGGGAGUCAGCUCAACGAAAGAACGAGAGAAGUAGAGAGAGUAAGCUAAGGAGCUCUCCCAUAACAUUAACGAUGUAGAAGCCGAGUGCAUUCGAAUGAAUAAAACUGCAUGCAAAGAGACUUACUAAUAACUCUGUAGAAAAUAUGUAAUACUUAAUAACUGUAAACUAUAAGAUGUAACGACUUUUAAUCUUUAAUAUAUAAUGUAAUCAAUAGUCUGUUUCAAAAAGUACUCGCCCUCCAAAUUCAAAACAACAGCCAUAAAGAUUAAGCUCCAGCUCUGGUAAUAAUUUCACAGAACAAAAUUAAUUUGGUGGCAUAUUAUGUAAAAAUCGAAACUGAUUAAAUUGUAAUUUAUUUUAAAAACAAAAACUUAUUUUAUUAUUAUAUAUUAUUUUAUUUUAAUACGUAGACGACUUAAAAAAACAAUUACAUCAGCUAAAUUAUGAAACUCAUCAAGAAUCUCUCUAUUUUACAUUAGCAAACACCCAAACAAAAUUAAUGAAUAAUUGAAAUUUUAAAAGCAAUCUCAAGCACGUCCUUUAAUUCCCAUUAGAAAGGAGAGAAAAGGACAUAAUAACUAAUUUAAGUUUUUCUUUUUGUAAGUUUAGCUUUAACUUUACUAAUUUGAAUUGUUUUUAUUAUAACGAUGUUAAUAACACAACAGAAUUGAUUGACAUCUUACUCGGUCCCACAUCUCUACCGGAUUUGCGGUCUUCUUGUUCACAAAUUCUUGGGCAUCAAUUUUAAAAGCAAAAACAAACUGUAGAAGACAAAUUUUUCAAAUUUUUAAUAGUUUAGCUUACUUAUAGAUAUAUAUUUUCCUUUUUCCCCUUGUUUGUAAAUUAGUACGUAAGACUAGCUAUGAUACGAGUAAUGAAUAGUAUAAAUAAGUUUUGAAAUUAGUUAAUAAAAAGGAAAAGAAAUCUAUUGCUUCCAACUCAUACCGUAAGUGAAAAAAAAAAA